GCCAUGUUUGUGUCCUGGUUGUGAAGUAAAACAUUUUUUUUAAGCACAGGGGCUUGUUUUUAGUGAUUAUGCGGAUGGCGUAUUGAAGAAUAAAUGCAGCCCACGUUUUAGUCGUCUGAUUUUAAGCAAGAAGUACCUUGCACCAUGUCAACCAAUGCUCAGGAUUUUGACUUUGAUGAAAUCGACAAACCUGGUAUUGAGCGGUCACGCAGGAGGAGAGGCGAAGAUAAUAUUGUGGAGAGUGAUUUGGAAGAAGAUUUGUUGGAGGAAGAUUGGCUGUCUGGUAAAAAGAAUUCUUCAGAAGUGUCAGAUGAAGAGUUAAACGAUGACCUCCUUCAAAGUGAUGAUGAAGAUCUAAAUUUGAUUGGUCAGGAUGCUAGCCACCAUGCUACUUACAACAUGGGCACAUCCUAUGGACAGCAGGCCGAGUCACAGGAAGCAGACUACGCAGAUGACGUUGUGAACCUGGGUGCAGAGGGCUGUGAAGAUGAUGAGGAGGGUUACCAUCGAGAGGGUGAAGAGGCGUAUACAGAAGAAUACAAUCAGGGAGACAACACAGAGAUGACCGAAGAUCAAAUCGAUUACACUACAGACUUAGCCCAGGAUGAUGAUGAUGGCUACCAGGAUGAAGUCUUAGACAUCCAAAUAACUGAACCUCUAGAUGGUGAAUUUCAAGAUGAAGAUUAUGGCGAAUUUGAAGCUACACGGGAUGAAGAUACUGAGGAAGUGGGAAGGGAAGAGCAGCAAAAUGAAGAAGACACAGCCCCUGAGGCAUCUCAAGUUUGUGACACAGAGAAGGGUGAGCAUGACACUGUGCCGGAUGAUGAAACAAAGGAGGAAUCAGAUGAAGAAGACGACGAAGUUGAAGACUCAGGCCGWAUACGAUUUAAGUCUGAAAGGAAGGAAGGCGCUGUUGUGCGACUGGCGGAUGCAGGCAAUAAAAAGAGGAUUAUUCCUGAAACGCUGGAACUGUCAGAGAAAGCCAAAAAAGAUUUGUUGGAGUUUGAGGAACAAGAACGGCAGAAGAGACAAAAUCGCUACACAGGCCGAGGCAGAGGWGGGGGCCGGGGAAACAGAGGAAGAGGAGGAUUUUCUGGGUUUGGAAUGCCAGAUUUUAGAGGACAGAGGAGAAAAAUACAUGAUCAAAUGCCCCCGCUGAUGGGAAACAUGAGCAUGCAG